GCUCGAUUUUCUCCUCCUGCUAGUUCUAUUUGCAAGCGUGAAAGCCUAAUAGAUGGAUAUUCCUUGUUUUUCCAUACUGUAUUUCAUUUCAAUUUGUAUGUUUGCACUAGAAGUAUGCAAGUCAGUCGAUGUGUUGAGCUCAUCUGAGCCAAUUCGUGAUGGUGAUACUCUAGUGUCGGUAGGAGAAAAGUUUCAGCUAGGUUUCUUCAGCCCUGGAAACUCCAGCUACAGAUUCCUCGCAAUAUGGUACCACAACAUCCCAGAAAAGACCAUUGUUUGGGUGGCAAAUGGAGAUAAUCCGGUGAAUGAUUCGUCAGGGGUUCUGAAGAUAGGUAGUGAAGGUAAACUAGUCCUUGUUGACCAAGCAGAAAGAGUCUCGUGGUCAUCGAAUAACAAGAAUACUACUUCGCAAAGCGUAGUUGCUCAGCUCCUGGAUUCUGGAAAUCUAGUUUUGAAAGAGUUUAGUGAAAACGUCUCCGGAAACUAUCUUUGGCAGAGUUUUGAUCAUCCCUCCAACACAUUAUUGGCGGGCACGAAGCUCGGGUGGGACCUGAGGAUGGGUUUGGACCGGCACAUGACAUCCUGGAAGAGCGCAGAGGAUCCCUCAACUGGAGACUUCACCUAUGGUGUCGAUCUCGGAGGAAUAAUUCCCCAACUAGUCAUACGUAACGGACGUGUCAAAUACUUUCGAACUGGGCCCUGGAAUGGAAUACAGUUCAGCGGGCUUCGGUUCUCUCCUAAUUUGAUAUUCAUCCCCAAGUUCGUCAACAAUUCUCAAGAGGUCUACUACACGUUCGACAAUUUCAAUGAGUCCACCAUCACUAGGUCGGUAUUAAACGCUUCAGGGAAUCACCAACGGUACCUGUGGAAUGAGGAAACGCGGGAGUGGACCAUGAUUUAUAUGUUGCCGCAUGAUGAAUGUGAUGUCUACGGGAAUUGCGGGCCCAAUAGCAUGUGCACGAUCAGCAAUCCUCAAAUAUGUAGCUGCAUGAUUGGUUAUCAACCGAAGUCACAGGCAGAGUAGGAUACAUUUGUGAGGA